AUGGUUCGCCUGAGCCCCUUCUUGACCGCGGCCCUCACGGCCUUGUCGACGACGAGCCAUGUCGAAGCCAAAAGAGUCGCUCGCCCCCCGGGAGGAGUUGUAUCAAGUCGGGACACGGUCGAUGGCAGAAGCACAACCGCCAUUCCAGCCAAACCAGAGCCUGUCAUCCUCAAGCCGCUUCACAAUCAUCACAUUGCGCGCGCAGACACACACGCUGCUGCCCCCGCCCCGGAGCCAGUCGUCCUGAGGCCGCUCCGAAUGCACAGCAAGAGCAAUGCCAAACGCGCCCUGCUCAAAGACGUUCUGAAGCUCAAGUCCAAGGAAACCCUCUACUGGAGCAGCACGCACGGCACUGUAGCCAAGCUCGACUGGGAAGCGCCCGGGGAUGCCGAGAACAUUGUGAACCUCGAGGACAUCGAUGACAUGGUGCGCCAGGUGGCGUGCCCGUCCAAGAGCGAGGACCCGCUCAAGGUCACCUUCGCCGAGGAAGCCGACUACAACGACGCCGAGGACAUCUGGAAGUGGGUAAACCAAAAGGAAGAAAACCAAUUCUUCCUCCUGGUGGGCGCGGGCAAGUGCGGAUGGAACACGGACCGGAUCGUGUACAAGGUGACGGGCCUCGUGUACAACGACGAGGCCGAGACGGCGUACCUGCACGCGACGCAGAUCCCCUGGUCGCAGGCGGCGCACACGUACGACCUGACGCUGGGUAACACCAAGAUCCCGCAUAGCCAACAGAUCCACCGGGCGCGGGCCCCGGGCUUCUGGGACGACGUUGGCGACUUCUUCGAAAACGUUGGCGAUAAGAUCGAGGAGGGGAUCGAGCACAUUGGCGACAAGAUUGAGGAGGCCAUCGGCCAAUUCGACACGUCCCCGUCCCUGUCCAUCCCGCUCGGCUCCAACCUCACGGGCAAGGCCCUCAGCUUCUCGGUCCCCGGCGCGGCGCCCGGGGGCGGCGACAUCUCGCUCGCGGCCAGCUGCAUCACGUGCACCACGUCGGGCAGCAUCUGGGUGCAGGCGCACUUCGCGGCCAAGAAAUUUCAGAUGACGGACGCGGCGCUCGAGAUCUCGCUCCCGGAUCCCAUCGUCGCCGACGUGGUGCUGGGCGUGACGCUGAGCGCGGCCCUGACCCAGCCCCUGACCCGCACCAUCCCCGUGUUUGCCCCGCCCCUGGGGGGAGUCAAGAUCCCCGGUGUCAUCAGCCUGGGCCCGCAGGUCACGCUGAGUCUGGGAGCCGAGAUUGGCGCUGUCAGGGGCUCUGUGGGAGUCACCAUGGGCGGCAGGGCGUCUAUCAAUAAGGACUCCAAGGCGAGGCUGGAUUUCCUGGAUGAGAAGCGGACGGGGAAGACGGGCUGGGACGUCAACUUUGAUAAUGAGCAGUUCAAGGUCGAUACGUCGGUUGAAGUUGGGGCGGCCGGCUUUGUGAGGGGCGCCAUCGGGGUCGAGGUUAGCGUUUUCGAGAGUGGGUUCUUGGCCGAGGUGUCUGCCGAUGCGCCCAAGCUGUCCGCGACUCUCAAGGCUACUGCAUCAACGAACUGCACCGUGUGCGGCCAAUACAUGACUGGCGUCACCGGAAGCCUCAACUUUGGCACCACGGUCGGUGUCGGUCUGAAGAAGAAGGUUGCUGGCGCAGAGCAGCCGCUCUGGGGAGUAAAUUUUGUUGAAGCCAAGAUGCCGGCCAUUGCUUCGUUCUGUCAGGGGUUCGGACCCAAGGGCCAGGACUGCAAGGCCAAAGCCUUAAUUCCUUAA